AUGGCUCAACUUACGGCUACGUUUGUACCGGAAGAUGUUGCCAUAAUUUAUGCCUUACCAUUGCGACAACCGGAUAAACCGGAUCUGCUGGGAUGGCAUUUUACCAUGUCUGGUAAAUAUUCGGUAAAGUCAGGAUACCAUAUUCUUCGCUCGAAUAUGCCGGCUUCUACUAAGUCGACUGUAAUUGGACCAGAUAUUAUACCCCUUCAGGCCUUUGUGUGGAAGCUCCGGUGUCCACCAAAACUCUGUCAUUUCUUGUGGCAAUUUCUAUCGGGUUGCGUGGCGGUCACCGCUAAUCUCCGGCGACGUGGUCUGAGCUGUGAUGCAGUGUGUGGUCUAUGUGGUUCUCAGGAGGAGACGAUUAAUCAUACUCUCUUUGAGUGCCCACCAGCUAGACAGGUUUGGGCUUUGUCGUUAUUUCCGAUGGCCCCAGGUGUUUUCCCUUCCGAGUCCAUUUUCACAAAUAUGGAUUUCCUUUUUUGGCGGUUUAAGAAUGUACCCACACAGGAUUUAUACCCCUGGAUAUUGUGGUAUAUUUGGAAAGCGUGCAAUGACAAACUGUUCAGUAAUUUGGAUUCAAACCCUCUAGCAAUCUUGCGGUUGGCAGAGGAUGAGGCGAAAGCAUGGACUUUAGCCCAGACACAGAAUAUGGUGUUACCUUCGGAUACUACCACUGCGGCUGUUCUCUGUGGUAGUGAUAGAGUAGGGGUUCCUUGGUCUUUGACGAGUUACAUGUGCUUUGUGGAUGGUUCUUGGAAAGCUACAGAUUGUUAUGCGGGUCGAGGAUGGUUUUGCACUUCUCCAUGGGGUGAGGGCCCCACUAUGGGGGCUGCAAACAUCUACCGUAGUCCAUCCCCUCUUCAUGCUGAGAUUGAGGCCCUUGUUUGGGCUAUGCGUUGUAUGAUUGGAGCGGAUAACCAAUCUGUUGUUUUUCUCACCGACUGCUCUGACUUAGUGAAGAUGGUGUCUUCGCCUUCCGAGUGGCCAGCAUUUACACCUUAUUUGCGUCUUUCUCCUUAG